CGUCAGUCAGCGACGUUUCAUUAUAAUUAUUGGCUUGUUUUGCAUUAAGUGAAACUUUAUAUAUAACAGCUUAUAAUAAUAUGAGUGAUGAUGAUGAUGACUUUCAUAUUGGACUAUAUGAAAAUGGUCAUUGGGCAUGGGAUGAUGGUGAAGAUCAAAUGACAUAUGUAAGUCACAUACAUGCCCAGGUGGAAGAAGAUCCAGCAGAUUUUUACUAUGCGCCGUCUAAUCACAUGCAAUUUAGAGAAGAUGUCGAUCUUAUUGAACAGAUGCGUUAUCGUCGAUAUUUUCAACGGAAAUUAUUACCAGGCCAGCCUGAUAUAAUUUCAUUACAGGACGUCAAAGACCUUGUGAUAUACACUGCGCCUGUGAACUUUUUGAGUAUCAAACUCAUUAACAUGUUACAUAUACCUACAGGAGAAAGAUUUCUGAGAGCACUCAUUCUCUAUUGCGCUUACACAUUACAGGUUACAGAUAAAAUGGUUUUACGUAAUCGGGAACUGGACACAAAGGUCAGGACUGCGGACAGUGGAAUACUGGAGGAUGAACUUCGUGAUAACUUAUCUGAUCUUCGAGUGUUAGUUGCUAAAGAAUACUGCGUUAUUCUUACUGGUGCAGACGACAUGAAGCCGUUCCACCACAUGGGCCCCAUGAAGAAUAAACGCUCCCUACUCGGGAAAGAUGCUCAUUCGUUUGAGAUAUUCAUACGAAUGUGUAUUCAGAUAGUUUAUUUGGCUCUUGGACGUAGACAUUUACAUCAAAUUGAAAUAGAAACUCACCGUAUAUUAAAAUCGGAGGCUUUCAAUGCAAAUGAGUCCAAAUCACGACCACGAGCCGCUAAGGUCCAGACCAGUCAGACAGAAAUAUCACAACAGCCUCCAUUUGUACAAGAUGUGCUUUACGGCAAUUGCUCUCGUCGCCACCGAGGCGUCUUUACACAUUCACCGCUUAUGAAUGAAAUGUUCUGUCCUGCCAGACCAGUAGACUACCGCAUGUUGGGACUCGGAGUUACCAAAUAUCCUCAGCUUACUCCACGACUAGAAUUCCUGCGAUUGGUUGUGGCUGGAACGGAUAAUGACUUAGUGGACAAUAAAAUAAUUGUGGGCAUCAUAGGGAUGCAACGCGAUCUGUUCGACAUUAUGCUCAGGUUCUUACCACCUGUGACUACACCUGACAAGUCAAGGUCUGGGGUAAUUGGUGUUAGAACCAUCAGUGGUAGAAGCAUCACUAAAAGUUCGACAUCGGGAAGAAGUGUCUGCAGUAAGAAAUCUACACAAGGAGGCACCUAUCCUGAAAUUGUGAUACCACCCAAGACAAACGUCGAAUUGGCCGCUCCAGAAGGGUUUAUUGAGGAACCAGAUGUGAUUACACCAGUUAAUGAGGUGCAAAGAAUUCUCUGGUUGCGAAGGUUCAAAUCGAUGAUGAAGCUGCUGAAACGGAGGAGACGUCAGCUUCAUUUUCGUUAGGUUACCACGCUUAAGGUCAGACUAUGGCAGUAGGAUGCGGGUGGGGCUGCGGACUGCCUAGCGGGUUAAUUGUAUGUAUGUACUAUGUAUUUGCCUAUAUGAAAUGUAUCUUCAUUGUUUGCAUAUUUUAGUCUAUUAAAUGUGAUUAAAUAA